AUGGAUUUCAGUCUAGAUCCAGCAGUUCUGAAAGCCCUGCCGUCAGACUGGAAUAUCGAGGAAGUUAGCCAGCAUGGAAGUUCAAGUUGGUCCACGGGCUACAAGCUGAGCUUGGAAAAAGAUGGCGAAGAAAAGGAGUUCUUCUUCAAGCACGCGGAGAUGGCGCUUGGUGAAUACGAGAGUCAAAAAGCAUUAGCUCAGUAUUUGCCAGACAACUCAGUCGUUCCGGUAGCUUUCGGCACAUUCGAGCUGGACCCGACAAAGUCGUUCUUCCUAACAACAUACCGUGAAUUGAAGGAGAAGACGCCGGACCCAGCGGAGUUGAUCAAAGUGUUGGCAAAGCUGCACAUCGGCUCAUCUUCACCGACAGGUAAAUUUGGCUUCCGUGUCACCACCUUCAAUGGCCAUGUCCCGCCCCAGAACGAGUGGUGCGACAGUUGGGAGCAAUGGUAUAGUCGUCAACUCCAAUCGGACAUCAAAUGGGAACAGAGCGUCCGAGGAGUAGAUCCCGACUUUAAUGAAGUCGCAGAAGAGUUCUUCGCAAAAGUCAUACCACGUUUGCUGAGACCACUUCAAUCUGGUGGUCGGACUAUCAACCCUACUCUCGUCCACGGCGACCUAUGGCAUGGUAACGCCCAAGUUGACAUGGACACCAAGCGGAAAUACAAAGCGGUGAUCCAGCCUUCGGAGCCCGUCGAGGACUUCGAUGAUCGCAAUGCGCUGUAUGCCAUGUAA